AUGAGAACCAACGAGCGACAUGGACUUCAUCCUUGCUUGACGCUUCUACAGGAAGGUUAGUGCGCAUCAGGAGACUAAACAUGACGUCUUCAGACCUUCAUUUUUGUUUUAAAUAGUGUCUUACACAAUAACCAACAAUUUUGUGUACUUUAGUGAUAUGAGAAGUGAUAAGAUAUCAUUUUAGUUGAAAUCUUUUCCUGAAUUCAACACAACUAUUUCAGUGUUCAAAUUCAACGCGCACAUUUCGAGAAGAACCCUCCCAACAAUCUACGCAAAUCUAACUUUUUUCACUUUGUCAUUGCUCUUUAUGAUCGUUCUAAUCAACCCAUAGAAGUCGAACGCACUCAAUUUGCUGGUUUCGUGGAAAAGGACAAAGAAGUAGAUGGGCAGGAUACUAGAAAUGGAAUCCACUAUCGCCUCACUUUGAUGCUUCAAAAUGGUAAGAAAAUAAAUAUGCAAAACGAGCAAGAUUCAGAUUCAUAUAUUAAACAUGUUUCAGGUCUUCGAACUGAACAGGACCUCUUUGUCCGACUUAUUGACAGUGUUACUAAACAAGUAAGUGAUCAUAAGUAGUUACAGUAGUGAUUUGAUAAUAAACAUUUUAAAUCACAAAAUUCUACAGCUUUCAAACUAUUCUUGAUUUUUUUGCAUUAAAGAUUGUUAGUUACAGUAUCUCUAGAAGUGAGAGCCCAUUAUAAACACUUCUCGCUCACAAGUUUGUCAAUUUUAUUGCAAACGUCGAUCUAACUUUAUGUUUUAUUCUGUUUUUACCCCUACUUCUCAAAAUGUAUCUUCUCAAUGAUGAAACAAAACAAGUUUUAGGCUAUCACAUACGAGGGUCAGGAUAAAAAUCCAGAGAUGUGCCGAGUACUUUUGACCCACGAGGUCAUGUGCAGUCGGUGCUGCGAGAAAAAAAGUUGUGGAAACCGGAAUGAGACGCCUAGCGAUCCGGUCAUUAUUGACAGGUUUGUGAUCCUAGUGAACGUGGUUAAGUUGAUUGGCAAAACAAGAAAUCUGAUUCUGUAGCAGCUGUCAGCUAUUUAAGUAAUAGCGCGGAAUCGGUGAAGCUGCGACCGAAUGCCGUAAAAUGCGAAUGAAAGUGGCGAGGUUGAAUAAAUGCUAUUUCUUAGAUUAACCUUGGUCUUAAAGAAAUUAGAUUGGAUUUUACAUUUUGCUGCCUGUUCUUCUUCUGCUCGAAAGCAAAACAGUUGAAAGUAGUGUCAUAGCUGGUGGUAAUUACGAACACUCUAUUAAAUCGGAUUAUUGUGUUCGCCUCUCUCUUCAUCCAAUUGGUCCAAACUACGAGUAAUUGCUACUUUUCGCGAGUAGUUCUGAAUGAUACUCCUUUUGCUGCCACUAACCAAUAGUAUCUUGUAAGUGACUCAGGCAAAUUAGGAGGAUUGCCCGCGCAGUUGGUGUCUUUUGAGGAAGACAAAAUGAGUUGGAGUUUGCGUGGGUUCAUCCUUUACUUUUUUAGGUUCUUCCUGAAGUUUUUCCUCAAAUGUAAUCAGAACUGCUUGAAGAAUGCUGGAAAUCCGAGAGACAUGCGACGCUUCCAGGUUUGAUUGUUUUCCAAAACGGAUCUGAUAGGGUGUCAAUCAUAAAAAGACGGGACGGCAUCCCAUGAAACAGGUGGUCCUUUCCUUUUCUUUUGUGUCAAUGCAAUGGAUCAUCAUCUUUAUGCUAAAUUUUCUGAAUAGAAAGUGAACAGACAGGCGGCAGAAUCUUCCGCUCGAUUUGUGUUGAGAAAAAGCUGUAAACUGAGCUGUAUUCUCUUCGCAGACGUUUAAUGAUAGCCAAUCUACAAUCUGUUGCCCUUUGGGAGAGAAAAGGCGUCGCAGAUAAAAAUAAUUUUUCAAACAAUCCAUUUGUGGGGAACGUGUGAAAGUACCGAAUUGUUCAUGAAAGCAAAAAGUAUUUAGUCAGUGCUGUGUUAUCAGCAUCACAUACUUUCAGGUUGUUCUCAGCUCAACUGCUCGGUUAGAUGGUCCUCUUUUGGCUUGCUCGGACAACAUGUUUGUUCACAAUAACUCAAAGCAUGGAAGACGAACUAAGCGUACUGAUGCCUCAGAUGGUUAGUUGUUAGCACUAAUGCGAAAAAGCUCUUCCCUUUUGCUUCUCUUCACAAACUUAGAGGGACGAGCCAAACAUUUCGAUUUUUCCAAAUUUUUAAAAAACCUUUAUCCACCCAAACCUUUUUCCGUUAGUAUAUCAUAAUACUAUCAUCCAAUUCUGGGGAAAACGAGAAAAACGGAUGAUCUGCAUCCGCAAUGAUCAGUGGGACACGUGCAAGACAUUAAAGGCAGCUGUCAAUAGUUGACACCUCAAUAAAUGUCAUCUUUGUGCGAUAAGUGCGCAAUUUAUGCAUGCAGUGUAGGGUCGUAACCUCCAGCCAGCCAGCCAGCUCCUCGAUGGCAUGUUGUUAUCUAGAUUUUCCGCUAGCUUCAUGAUGUUUCAUGAUAUUAUCUUUACACAUCCGGAUAAAUAGAAGAGCGAUUUUCGCGCAUACAUAGUGGAUUCACAUCUCAGAACUGAGAUAAACUUUUCAGACUCAGAGUAUUCGGAAGCAGCUGAAAUUCCAACAUCAGUCCCUGUCAUCAAAGCACUGUGCCCGAGUGAAGGUUGGGUUCAAGGCGGAACACAAGUAGUGCUGAUUGGAGAGAACUUCUUUGAAGGGCUCCAAGUUUCGUUCGGCUCCAGUGGGCCUCAUUGGGCUGAUGUGAGUACGAAGAUUUAUGAUUUAGAAAUGAAGAUUAUUUUUCAGUCUGUGCAAAUCAUUUCCCCACAUGCGAUGAGAGUGAGUACUCCGCCCAGACAUGCUGUAGGAGUUGUAGAUGUGACCCUUCAGUAUAAAUCAAAAACUUAUAAUAGAAGCUCUCCACUGCGAUUCACUUACAUUGGUACUUAUUCGCACUAUGAAUAUAACUUAUUUAAACCUUUUUUUUUUAGCAUUGACUGAGCCCAGUAUCGAAUACGGUUUCCAACGACUACAAAAGUUGCUUCCGAAGUAUCCAGGAGACCCAGAACGCUUGCCAAAGGAUCAGAUUCUCAAGAGAGCUGCGGAAUUGGCCGAAGCUCUUUACAACAGGUACUUAUACUUGCAAAACGAAUAGUUUUUAUGAAAAGUAUAAUUCAGAACGUCUGCCGACUCACUGAGCACUUACUAUACCGGAUUUGAUGCAAACACUGAUUACGCCAACCGUACUCAUACUUCACCCCGGGCUGCUCUUCCAUACGCCACAGGCCCACAGGCUAUCUCAUCAGCAGUGUAUCAGACGUCCUACCCAACAGUGAACACCACUCCGGCUGCAAACUUUUUGAAUUCGCAAACUGGUUUGUGAAUGUGUUUGCUUUGAAUAAACUCUAGUGUUUUUUUCAGGUUUUGCCACGUUCAGCGCAGUCAAUCCGUUCACCGCUACUCUCCAAUCCACAUCUCGUUUGUCAUGA